ACAGUUUAAGAGCAGAGAGUCGCUCGUGUCUGCUUCACUUUUUCUCCUGUUGAAAGCAACAAGCAGAAACAUGGCAAGAACCAAGCAAACCGCCCGUAAAUCUACCGGAGGUAAAGCUCCCAGGAAGCAGCUGGCCACUAAGGCUGCGCGUAAGAGCGCGCCUGCCACCGGCGGCGUGAAGAAGCCUCACCGUUACAGGCCCGGUACCGUGGCUCUCCGAGAGAUCCGUCGCUACCAGAAAUCCACGGAGCUGCUGAUCCGCAAGCUGCCCUUCCAGCGCCUGGUGAGAGAGAUCGCUCAGGACUUCAAGACCGACCUGCGCUUCCAGAGCUCCGCGGUCAUGGCUCUGCAGGAGUCGAGCGAGGCUUACCUGGUCGGCCUGUUCGAGGACACCAACCUGUGCGCCAUCCACGCCAAGAGAGUCACCAUCAUGCCCAAGGACAUCCAGCUGGCCCGCCGCAUCCGUGGAGAGAGAUCACCAUAUCUGUGUAUUCUACAAUCUGAUAAAAUGAGUGGCCGUGGAAAAGGAGGAAAGGGUCUCGGUAAAGGAGGCGCUAAGCGUCACCGCAAAGUUCUCCGUGAUAACAUCCAGGGAAUUACCAAGCCCGCCAUCCGCCGUCUGGCUCGCCGUGGCGGAGUGAAGCGUAUCUCUGGUCUGAUCUACGAGGAGACUCGUGGGGUGUUGAAGGUUUUCCUGGAGAACGUGAUCCGUGAUGCUGUCACCUACACCGAGCACGCAAAGAGGAAGACUGUGACCGCCAUGGACGUGGUUUAUGCUCUGAAGAGACAGGGAAGAACUCUGAUGCCUGAACCCGCCAAGUCCGCGCCCAAGAAGGGCUCCAAGAAAGCCGUGACAAAGACCGCCGGCAAAGGAGGCAAGAAGAGGAGAAAGAGCAGGAAGGAGAGUUACGCCAUCUACGUGUACAAGGUGCUCAAGCAGGUCCACCCCGACACUGGCAUCUCGUCCAAGGCCAUGGGCAUCAUGAACUCCUUCGUCAACGACAUCUUCGAGCGCAUCGCCGGUGAGGCGUCUCGCCUGGCUCACUACAACAAGCGCUCCACCAUCACCUCCAGGGAGAUUCAGACCGCCGUGCGUCUCCUGCUGCCCGGUGAGCUGGCCAAGCACGCCGUGUCCGAGGGAACCAAGGCCGUCACCAAGUACACCAGCUCCAACGUCACCGUGUCACAGCUGCUUCCACAGUUUAAGAGCAGAGAGUCGCUCGUGUCUGCUUCACUUUUUCUCCUGUUGAAAGCAACAAGCAGAAACAUGGCAAGAACCAAGCAAACCGCCCGUAAAUCUACCGGAGGUAAAGCUCCCAGGAAGCAGCUGGCCACCAAGGCUGCGCGUAAGAGCGCGCCUGCCACUGGCGGCGUGAAGAAGCCUCACCGUUACAGGCCCGGUACCGUGGCUCUCCGAGAGAUCCGUCGCUACCAGAAAUCCACGGAGCUGCUGAUCCGCAAGCUGCCCUUCCAGCGCCUGGUGAGAGAGAUCGCUCAGGACUUCAAGACCGACCUGCGCUUCCAGAGCUCCGCGGUCAUGGCUCUGCAGGAGUCCAGCGAGGCUUACCUGGUCGGCCUGUUCGAGGACACCAACCUGUGCGCCAUCCACGCCAAGAGAGUCACCAUCAUGCCCAAGGACAUCCAGCUGGCCCGCCGCAUCCGUGGAGAGAGAGCUUAAACUCUGUGCUUAUGCUCCACUAACGACCAAACCGGCUCUUUUAAGAGCCACUAUACUCUGAACUCAAGACCACAUACCUCUGCUGCUUCAAUGUUUUUAAUAACGGAUAAAAGUUCCCUAACUAUAAUAUGGUAUAUUACAGUAUUGUUACAAUAUCAAGUAGUUUGACAAUCUUAGCUGUCAUCAGUAAUUAUGGUGAUCGUCAGCACAUGCUACUGAUCACACAUUGAGCAUAAGAUUUAUUGCACACUGCAUUCGGUCAGAACUAGCAUUGAGAUGAACGAGGAAAUAUUAGCUUAGAAAAAUAAAUUUCAGUUGAAGAGGA